AUGCUUGAGAGAGAAGAACUCGAACAGAAAGAAAAAAUAUAUAUAGCAUUAAUACAAGAACAAGUUAGUAAAGACUGGAAUGAUUAUGAUAAAAAAUCCAAAAAUAAGAUCUAUAAGUUGAAAUAUGAUUAUAAUUACUAUAAUGGAGCUGAAGAAGCUCAGUAA